CAAAAAUUAAAACCAUCAAAAAAAAUAAUAAUAACAAAUGGUUUUUGCAUACAAUACCAUGGGUUUCUCCCAAAUUGCUGGUAGAGCAGCCCCCGGUUAACUACUUUCUGAUUCUCAUCCUUCCACUAUAUAAAGAAAAACCCCCACGCUUCCACAACCCAACCCAACAUUAUCCAUACCCCAAAAAAAAAAAAAAAAAAAGAGAAAAGAAUUUGUUCAACUAAAACUUCCUAAAUCCACUUUGACUUUUAAGUUAAACCAAGAUGAGUUCAACAAGCAGAGCUUGGAUUUUUGCUGCGAGCAUUGGAGUAGUAGAGACUUUGAAAGACCACGGUGUUUGCAGAUGGAAUCACUCUCUCAAGUCUAUUCAGCAAUACGCCAAGACCAAUUUCAGAUCGUAUUCACAGGCCAAAAGACUUCCUGUCCAUUACUCUUCUGCUGUGUCUAACAAGAUCAAAGCUGAGAAAUUGAAAAAAUCUGAGGAAUCUCUCAGAACAGUCAUGUACUUGAGCUGUUGGGGUCCCAACUAAGACCCCUUAAAUUUUUAUUUUUAUUUUUAUUUUCAGUAAAUAGGUCAUCAUAUUUCAAUGAAAUAUACAUGAAUUUGGAUUUGAUCAUGUUUU